UAUCCGCUUUGCAUUUGCUCAGUGUAAAAUAAAAUAUUUAAAAGCAGAAACUUCCUUAUUCACUCGUAUCCAUAAUGACACUGUAAAGCUGGAUUUGUUCUUGAAUAUAGGAUGCAACAAUGACAGUGUACCGUGAAAUAUUGUUUUUUCUGGUUAACCUUUGCUUUUUGUAUAUGCCAGUCACUGAGCGCUGUAUAUACUCUUCGAGUUACGAGGUCAAUAUCUGCAGCGCCGGCAGUGCAUCGGGAAAAAGAGUCGGAAUACGCAACUCUGAUGUACCAAAUGAUGCAAUAGUUAAUUGUUCGUGUGAUAUCCAAUCACAGGGCCCAGUAAACAUAGACGUGUUGUUCGAUGGACCUGGGCACGAUAACUGUGGAACGCGACUUUAUCUACAAAAUGUUGUUUUUAGCUGCCAUAGUGGUCCUACAACAAUAGUGUCAACUACGACAAGACUUAACUUCGUCAAAACCUACCUCGAUAAUGACAAGUGGUGCAUGUUCUUUGAUGCAGGUGAAAAAAACAUUAGUAUCACGUGCUAUGGCAUUGGCGACCAACUAACGGAAAUUACAACUACCAGGUAUCUUGCCACUUCGACGACGUCGGUUUUAACAACACUAGAGACAACAUCCUCUUCAUCAUCUCAAAAACCGUACAAUUUAACAACUAUUAUCAACAGCAAUAUCAGAACUUCCAUCACAAACAUCCACAAUACAUGAUAGAACAUCACAAACGCAUGCCAUCACAACAAUGUCUUCCCUUAUCUCAUCUUCUACAAUAAAAGAAACAGCCUCAGACUGGAACAAUUCCAAGGGUCACGACUGCAUACACACAGCCAGUAUCACACAGUGCUUCAGUUGAUGUUUCUACAAAAUACCAAGACACAACAGCCACUACGAAAAUAUUGUCAACAGCAAUAUCAGAACUUCCAUCAACAUCAUCGCCGUUACAUACUAGUACAUCACAAACGCAUGCCACUUCAACCAUUUCUUCCCUGACCUCCUCUUCAACACCAAAACCACCAGCAUCAGACAGUACGACCGGAACUGUUCAAAUGGUCACGACUGCAUAUACACAGCCAGUAUCACACGAUGCUUCAGUUGAUGUUUCAACUUCUUUGAUCACGACAGAUCUUUCUUCUGUUAGUCAUCAUGUUGACACAACUCUUACAAGCACUGCCUUUACCAGAGCACAGAGGACAGCAACAAGACUUCCAGAGCUAGGAAAAGAGGACCGAACUUUGAUCAAAAGGAUACAGAGGAUGCGAUCAACGACCCGACGUCUGGCUCAGUUAUUAACGCCUAUAACCCCAGACACUCCUCUGCUAUUACAAAUCCUAUGUACUCUAACCUUGAUGUUGCUCGAAACAACAACGGUCUUUCGUCAUUUCAUGUGGAAAGUUCACCAACCUACGCAUCUAUAAAUAAGCACCCAGGUCCUAAUUAUGAAAAUAAUACAUUUCCAGCUGAAAGAUCAAUCGUUCGUUCACCAGGGAUUCAAUUUAAAUCACCAGUACCAGAAGCAGUGGACGAUACACAAGAAUCAGGAACCAGCGACCUGUACGCAGUUGUAAAUAAACCAGGAUCAAACCAAGAUAACAAAAACAUGCAUACUGCAAACUCUCAAGUCGGACCAAUGAAAGGAAUUAUGAAGAACCAAACUCGUCACAAAAGUGACAAUGUGAAUAGGUUUGACAAAGCCGAAGAAAAUGAAGCGGUAAAGUUCAAUAACGAUCAUAUGCCUAAUUUGGAGCAAUACCCCGGAGAUGAGAAAUACACCACUGACAGUGAUGAGGAUAUGGACAUAAUAAAUCCCAUCUAUAUCCCGGCCACAUCGGAAAUGACAACCGCAUUGUAAAUGGGGGUCGGCAGGCUGUAACAUAUUAAAUAGGACAGAUACAUAGGCAUGCACAUAUAAGCAUGUAAACAGCGCUUUCUAACGAUGUUUGGCAUGUAUAUAUGAAAUGUAUUUCAAUAAGAAUGAUUGCAUAGUGAUAAUCAGAUUUAUAAAACUCUAUUUUAUUUUCUAGCUACAUGACGAGGUAGUGAAAGAAAAGGUUGUGUUGUUUGUAUUUGCUAUUCUCAAUGACAAAAAAACAUGAUGCAUUACAUGACAAACCUUGGCACGGACAUAAAUGGUGACAUUGGUAAAGAUUUAAGUAGAAAAGGUAAAAACCAAUAUCUCUUAUGUGUACCUCUGUCAGUUGCGUUUUUAGAUCUUGUUUUGUACUUUAAUCCAUUCCAAAAUAAAAAUAAAGUGGA